UCACUAAUGUGAAACCGAAGUACGGCUGGGGAUUCCGAUACCCAGCGAAUCUGCUUUCACCGUCGCGCGAUUAUGGUAGAUGCAUCUUCGUCAUUUUUUAUAUAAGUCCCUGUAAUAAAAAUGAGAAAGAAAAUGCGCGACAGUUUCUCUCCCGCGACAAAGGCCUUGAUUGCUUUGAAUCGCUUUUUAGGGCCUUUAAUCUUUGAAUCUGCAAGGAUAACAUGGAGGAUUCCACCGGAGCGAAAAAGAUUAGCAAAAAAGACCGGAAGCAUCGACGGGUAAAAAAUCAAUGCGUGGACCGACUGAAAGAAUAUUUCCAGAUUGUCACGGGAAUUGAGCUUCCAGAGGGUUGUUGGGAAGAAGUGAUACAAUUAGUCUGGGGUAAGAUUUUUGAUGCCGGAAAACUGGAAAUACAAGUGAGAGUCUCAGUGACACUGGAAGAAUAUGCUGCCAAAGCUGGAAAAAUAGUAAAGAGUAUGCGGACUGCUGUGGAAAAGGAAAAAGUUAAAUUGGAUGUGUUGGAAUCCUUGAUGCAACCGCUGCAGCAACAGAUUCUAAAUCUAGAUUAUCCACAACAAGGAGUUUGCUCAGAUGUUAUACAAGGUCAAGGUUUGGAAAAAGGGACAACAAAAGCAUCCUUGCAACAGCCAGAAUAUGCUGCAAACAUUGAACAAAUAAUAAAGAGCCAAACUCUUGUUGAAACAGCAGGGCUGGAAUUGGAAAAGUUAGCAUUGUCGAUGGAACAGUAUCUUCUAAACCAAGAUUAUCCCAACUGUCACAAACAAAAUGGAGUUUGCUCAGAAGUUGUUUCUGCUCCUCCUGACUCUAUCCAAAGUAGAACAAAUGCUGAAGUUCAGAAGCUUUUUGGGCAUACAGUGAAUACGGAGUUUUCGGUGCUACAGGAUCUGAAGGUCCCAAACCAGUGUUCCGUUGUAAACCAAUUCUCAACAGGUCCAAAUGACGAACCUCAAGAAACCAAACCAAAUACCAGCAAAGAUCAACAUAGGAUGAGGAAAAAGCAAGGGCAUAUAGCAUUGAAAGUGUUUUUCUAUAUGUAUACGGAAAUUGUGCUUCCGAAGAAAUGGAAGAAAGCAGAAGAAUUUGUAGAAAAAAAGAUAAAUGAUGCCAAAAGAGAAGGGGAGAAAGUGAAAACCAUGAGAAGGCCUCCAAAAAGUGCUGCAGAAGUGGAACGAACAGUCGAGAGUACACAGGCUGCUUUUAAAGACGCCAAAAUGCAAGUGAAUUCCUGCAAAAACCUCUUACAACUGGUGAAACAAAUGUUUCAAAACCAAGUUUAUCCCGACUGUCACGAACAACAUGGAGUUAGCUCAGAAGUUGUUAUUCCUGAUAAGGAGGCUCAAGCUUUAGCGUUCAACUACCUCCUUCCUGCUGGCUUUAUUGAAAUGGGACAAAGUUCUAGGAUUUACAAACAGAAGUGGAAUGAUAUGGUACUUGGAGACGUGCAAGAUCCACCAGAGUCUGGGCAGAUGCUUGAGUCAUGGAAAGCUACUGGCUGCAGCAAUGGCACCAAUUCUCUUGUGGCACCUGAAGCAGCUGUGAAUUUGUCAUCAAUGGGCAACUUCCAAGGCUGCGGGGAACUGAGGGAUAGUGAAAGUUUGCUUAAGGAGAUAAUGAAACAGUUCCCUCAGAUUGCAGAAGGUGGCUUCAUAGAAGUGCUCCUUGAGAUGGCAAAAUGCAUUCCGCAGAAACUCGAGCUAAAGGACAGUAACCAAGAAUUGAAUCCUAUGGAUAUGCGGAUUUUACAGCUGAAGGAGAAAGUGGAUAAAACCUGUCAGGAAGUAGGGGCUCUCCGGCAAAACAAGUCAAAGUUCAAUCAACGUACGAAGGUCCAGACCAAGGGGAAGAGAAAGCGCUCUGGUUGAUUUUUUUUUUUCUUUUUUCAAUUAAGGGUUACAAGAAGCGAAAGUGUUUUUGGACUUAUAAUUGGGACUUCUGAUGUGUAUUUUAUAAUCAGCUGGACUGAUCCUUACGUAACUUGUUGGUGUUGGAUGGUUAUGUGUAUGUUUGGUUUUUAUGCUUGCAUAAGUAAAUUUGAAAGUGUUGAUUGGCAAA